UGUCAAGGUUAAUAAUGAUAGAUUACUAAGCAAAAUCCGUAGAGUAAGCUUUCUGAUUGGUCAGUUGUUUAGCCAUCAAAUGAUACACGCCUUUUAUACAUACAACGGUUAUCUUUAUGUCGUUGAAGUGUGGAAGCGUCAAAAAUUGAACGAAUUCAAUAUAUAUAUGUGUGUGUAUUCAUUGUUGUUCAUUGUCUUGACGGUUCUGGCGAAUAAAGUGUAAAACAAAUUCAUUCGUUUGAAAAAAAAUUUGAUAGCUCUAUUGUUAGACAAAAUGUGUUCUAAAGAAGAUCAUAUUAAUGAUGAAAAUGUGGAAAAUGAUGUUUAUGAUGCAUUCGGAUGCGCAAGUUUUUAUCCUAACAGGAAGAACAAUGCUCAGGUUGCUCGACCCUUUCAAAUAUCACCUACUGAACGAUAUGCUUCACAUUAUAAAAUGGAUCAUCCUAAACGCGGCAUAGCAAUUAUAUUUAAUCAUGAACUUUUUUCUAUCAGUCAUCUGAAAAUAAGAAACGGAACAAAUACGGAUUGCGAAAAUCUCAAGGAAACAUUAGAAUCACUUGGAUUUACAGUUCAAAUUUAUGAAAAUUAUACUUCUAAACAAUUAGGAAUUGUUUUGCAAGAAGUUGCCGAUUUAGAUCAUUCUACUCAUGACUGUUUAAUAGUUUCUGUAUUAAGCCAUGGAGAAUUAGGGAUGCUUUAUGCAUAUGAUACUUCUUACAAAGCUGAUAAUAUUUGGUCUUACUUCACAUCAGAUAAAUGUCCUACUCUUGCUGGAAAACCAAAAUUAUUUUUCAUACAAGCCUGUCAAGGUGAUAAAUUAGAUUCUGGUUUUAGUUUAAAUGAACGUACAGAAACAGAUACUGCACAUUCUAGUACAUUUCGCAUACCAAUUCAUGCGGACUUUCUUAUCGCUUAUUCAACUAUACCAGGUUAUUAUUCAUGGAGAAAUACGACACGUGGAUCAUGGUUUAUACAAGCAUUAUGUAUGGAAUUAAAAGAAUUUGGAAUGCGAUAUGAUUUGUUAACUCUACUUACUUUUGUCUGUCAACGAGUUGCAAUAGAUUAUGAAUCUAAUACUCCUGAUAAUAUUUCCAUGCAUCAACAAAAACAAAUUCCAUGCAUAACUUCAAUGCUAACUCGUCUAGUAAAAUUCACAGCUCCUACCAAUGGUGUUUAGUUUAAUAUUAUAAGAUUCACAUUAUGUACCUAUAUAAGUAAUACAUUUUAUCUUAUUGUAAUACAUAUAUUUCGUAUAUAUGUUCUUUAUAUUUAGAUAACAUGUAUUACUAUUUUUCUAUGUGCAUUACUGCCAUUACUUGCUGCAUUUAUAUUACAUAUUUAGACGAAUUAUGAUAUACACAUUUAUGAUAUACUAGAUAUAAGGAGAAGUACAAAUUUCUCUGCUUUUACACAUUAGUGAAAUUAUAACUAAAAUUUUUAAUUUUUGUUCUUUCUUCUUCUUUUUUUUUUUUUUUUUUUUUUUUACAUUUUGUAUACUUGCAGGCAUCAUGAUUAUCUUCAAAAAAAUGUUUUUCAUUUGUGAGGUACUGCCAUAAAGUAUAUCUAUGUAAUAGUCUGAUUACCAUUUAGUUUUAAUAUAUAUUUAUUAAGUUUUAUUGCAAUAAUCUUACCAGAUUAUUUAUACUAUUUUUACAUUUGCAAUAUAUAUUUGUACACAUUACAUAAAUUGAUAAAUAUUUACAACGAAAAGUGCAUUUAUGAUUAAAAAAAAAAAAAAAAAGAAAAAAAAAAGAGUUCCAUUGUUUACCAUUAUACGAAUUGUGAUAGAACAUGUGUUAACCAUAUAAAUCUAUUAUUAUAACAAUUCUAUGAAAAUAACUUUACCAAACACAAAUAAAUAUAUUUUAUAAGAUAGCAUCAUCACACACACAUAUACUGUGAUUUUUUAAUAAUUGAGUGUACUUAUAUUCGAUACACUUGUCGUACCUUUAUAAAAUUUAUAUAACUUUGUAAUAUUCAAUAAAAAUGUAAAAUGAAAAAAGUUCUUUUUUUUUUGC